AUGUCGCCUUCUGCAGCGAGCACAAGAACUGCUUCCUCGCGGUUACCGUCUCGACCUCAAAAAGGGUCAUCUCAACCUCCAAGGAGAAGCACUAAACGGCAAAGCAGACACUCUUGGACAGACGAGGAGCUGAAUCUUCUUUCGUACCUUCGGCACCUUCGUCGCUGGCGCUUUACACAAAUCCAGAAGUCAUACUUCCCAUCACUUUCACCAAGUGCACUCUUAGGAGCCUACUGGCGCCUGUCCACUGAAGACCGCGUACGCCGAGCAUCGGCGGUCACUGCUCCAAUUACCACCCCUCACAACACUACAAGAGACUCUCGCAGUACCCCCAACACUCAAUCUACGCGUUCUGGUCUUGAACAGGGACCAAGUUAUCUUCAUCGUCCUAUUUCUUGUCCACUCUCCCAGGCGAAAAGUAGCACUGAGACCUCAAUCUUACCCUCGCCGAGUUCUGCAACUGGAGACGAACCAGUAGGCCAAAGCAGCAAUACAAUUCGCUACAACCUUCGGCCAAACAGAUCGACAACCUUCCCGCAAAGGAAACGGCGAUAUCUAGUUGACCGGCGCCGUUUCCCUCACUUCUCCAAGUCGUACAGGUACCAUCUGAACCUGCACAGGCGGUCAGACAGAGACUACGUCCCAUUGUCUCACACACCUACGCCAAACUCAUCGGACCGUAGCCCUUCCGUCGUCUCGAGCCCGCCUAGUGUCGCAUCAAGUCUAGAACUCUUUGGCUUAGAAGCGCGUUCUCUCAACUCAUCAGAUCGUGGUUCCUCGGUUACCUCCAGUUUAUCCGACGACAUCUCCAGCGCAGAAUUCUUCAGCUCAGAGGAGCGUCCACCUACACCAUGA